AAUCCUGAUGAAGCGGCCAGCUGAAGUGUCUGUAGGGACACGAGGGGCAGCCCUAAAACUCAUUCAUUCAACUGUCUUUACUUUUCCUCGUAGUUGUAAAGCAAGCAACUCACAAGACAUUGUGUUGUAUUGUAUUGUCUAAAUACCGGGUAACUUCGCAGCCACGUCUUUGCUUAUUGACUAUAAUAGGCUAAUAUGACAAAAAUCCUGCUAGCUUACAGCGUCGUUAAAUCUCUGAGACAUGGAUGUGUGGUUGGCAGAAGAGUUGGAAAGUCAUCGCCCUGGCUCAGACAUCAAACUACAAAACUUUUUAGUGUGAAGGCCCAGACGGCCCACCUGGUCUUGGAGGAUGGCACCCGGAUGAAAGGUUUUUCCUUUGGGCAUGAUUCCUCUGUAGCUGGGGAACUGGUCUUCAAUACCGGCUUGGUGGGGUAUCCUGAGGCCCUGACUGACCCAAGUUAUAGAGGUCAAAUCCUGACUCUGACCUACCCUAUUGUUGGAAAUUAUGGGGUACCAAACACCCAGGAGCUUGACGAGCUGGGCCUGAGAAAACAUGUUGAGUCAGAUCGCAUCCAGGUAUCUGGUCUUCUUGUUCAAGAUUACAGCCAUGACUACAGCCACUGGAACUCUGUCAAGUCUUUGGGACAGUGGCUACAUGAAGAGAAGGUUCCUGCACUCUUUGGAAUUGAUACCCGAAUGCUGACCAAGGUCAUCAGAGACAAGGGAACAGUGUUGGGGAAGAUUGAAUUUGAUGGGCAGCCUGUUGAGUUAACCGACCCCAACAAGGAAAACCUCGUAGCACAGGUCUCAACCAAGGAAACCAAAGUGUUUGGAAAAGGAAACCCAAUAAAAGUGGUGGCUGUGGACUGUGGCAUUAAACACAACAUCAUUCGCCUGCUGGUCAAGAGGGGUGCAGAGGUCCACCUUGUCCCCUGGGAUCAGGACUUGCUGAGUCUAGAGUAUGAUGGCCUGUUCAUCUCCAAUGGACCAGGAGAUCCUUCUCUUGCCAACACGCUCGUCCAGAAUGUUCGCAAGGUGCUUGAGAGUGAUCGUCCACAGCCAGUGUUCGGGAUCUGUAUGGGCAACCAGAUCACAGCUCUGGCUGCUGGUGCCCAGUCGUAUAAGCUGCCUAUGGGCAACAGAGGCCAGAACCAGCCGGUGCUGAAUGUGAUGACAGGCCAGGCCUUCAUUACAGCACAGAAUCACGGCUAUGGCAUUGACAGCGAAUCGUUGCCCCCAGGAUGGAGCCCACUUUUUGUCAAUGCAAAUGAUGGCACCAAUGAGGGCAUCAUGCACGACACCAAACCUGUUUUCACGGCCCAGUUCCAUCCAGAGGCUAAAGGGGGUCCCACAGACACAGAGUUCCUCUUUGAUGCCUUUUUAUCGCUGAUUAAAAAAGGAAAGGACACAAAUUUAGAGUCAGUCAUGCCAAAGAAACCCUCCAUCCCUCCCAGACCCAAGGUGUCAAAGGUGCUGGUUCUCGGCUCUGGUGGUCUUUCUAUCGGUCAGGCGGGAGAGUUUGACUACUCCGGAUCUCAGGCUGUCAAAGCCAUGAAGGAGGAGAACCUGAAAACAGUGCUUAUGAACCCAAACAUAGCCUCUGUUCAGACCAACGAGGUGGGCACCAAGCAGGCGGACUCGGUCUACUUCCUACCAGUUACGCCAGAGUUUGUAACUGAGGUCAUCAAAACUGAGCGUCCUGAUGGCAUCCUCCUCUCGAUGGGUGGACAGACUGCUCUCAAUUGUGGAGUGGAACUAUUUCAGCGUGGUGUCCUAGAGAAGUAUGGAGUGAAGGUCCUGGGAACCCCAGUGCAGUCAAUCAUGGCCACAGAAGACAGACAGCUGUUCGCAGACAAGCUGAUGGAGAUCAAUGAGAAGAUUGCACCCAGUAUCGCUGUUGAGUCUGUACAUGAUGCUUUGGACGCAGCAGAGAAGAUUGGCUACCCGGUGAUGUUACGAUCGGCCUAUGCCCUGGGAGGUCUCGGCUCUGGUCUUUGUGGCAACAAAGAGAAGCUGGAAGAAACGGCACAGAAGGCUCUGGCUAUGAGCAGUCAGAUCCUGGUGGAGAAGUCUCUGCUUGGUUGGAAGGAGGUGGAAUACGAGGUGGUGAGAGACGUGGCCGAUAACUGUGUGACUGUCUGCAACAUGGAGAACUUCGACCCUCUGGGUAUUCACACAGGUGACUCCAUAGUGGUGGCACCCAGCCAGACAUUGUCCAACGAGGAGUACCACAUGCUGCGAGAGACGGCCAUCAAAGUGGUUCGUCACCUGGGCAUCAUUGGCGAGUGCAACAUCCAGUACGCAUUACAUCCCGCAUCCCUAGAGUACUGCAUUAUUGAGGUCAACGCCCGGCUCUCCAGAAGCUCUGCACUGGCAUCAAAAGCCACAGGGUAUCCUUUGGCUUUCGUUGCUGCUAAGCUGGCUCUGGGUAUCCCCCUGCCUGAAAUUAAGAACGCUGUUUCAGAGAAGACUACAGCCUGCUUUGAGCCCAGUCUCGACUACAUCGUGACCAAGAUCCCUCGCUGGGACCUGGACCGUUUUCAGGGCAUGUCCCAUGAAAUAGGCAGUGCCAUGAAGAGUGUCGGAGAGGUAAUGGCAGUAGGCCGGACCUUUGAGGAGAGUAUGCAGAAAGCCCUGAGGAUGUGUCAUCCGUCAGUCGAUGGCUUCAUGCCUCGGCUGCCGCUCAAGAAAGCCUGGGCUGAUACCCAAGACCUACAGAAUGAGCUGGUGGUGCCUUCAAGCACCCGAAUCUUCUCUAUUGCCAAGUCCCUCUACAGUGGUUGGAGUGUUGAUCAUAUCCAUCAGCUGACGGCCAUAGACAAGUGGUUCCUCCACAAACUCCAAAACAUAACACACAUGGAGCAGCACCUUACUAACUACAAAAGUGACACAGUUCCCAAGGAGCUGCUUCUGAAAGCCAAGCAGGACGGCUUCUCAGACCGGCAGGUUGGUCAGAUUCUGGGCUCCAGUGAGAGAGAAGCCAGAGAGCUCAGGCAUAUGCACGGCAUCAGACCAUGGGUGAAACAGAUUGACACCCUGGCAGCAGAAUAUCCAGCAAUGACCAACUACCUGUAUUGUACCUAUCAUGGUCAGGAACAUGAUCUGGACUUUCAUGACAGAGGAAUCAUGGUUCUUGGAUGUGGGCCCUACCAUAUUGGGAGCAGUGUCGAGUUCGACUGGUGCGCAGUGUCCAGUAUCAGAGCUCUGAGGCAGAUGGGCAAGAAGACAGUGGUGGUCAACCACAACCCUGAGACAGUCAGCACUGACUUUGACGAGUGUGACCGCCUUUACUUUGAAGAGCUGACCCUGGAACGCAUCCUGGACAUCACCCAACAGGAGAAUUGCACAGGCAGCAUUGUAUCAGUAGGAGGCCAGAUCCCCAACAACCUGGCCGCCCCCUUGCACCUGAAUGGGGUGAGGAUUCUGGGGACGAGCCCCCUGCAGAUCGACCGGGCGGAGGAACGCUCAGUCUUCUCCAGUAUACUCGAUGACCUUGGUGUGGCACAAGCCCCAUGGAGGGCCCUCAGCUCCCUGGAAGAUGCCUUUUCUUUUGCCAACCAGGUGGGCUACCCUUGUUUGCUGCGUCCCUCCUAUGUACUCAGUGGAUCUGCCAUGAACGUUGCGUACGGAGAGGAGGAGAUGAAACGCUUCUUGGAGGAGGCCACUCAGGUGUCCCAGGAACAUCCUGUGGUCAUCACAAAGUUCAUCCGCGGGGCCCGGGAGGUGGAGGUGGAUGCUGUGGCCAAAAGCGGCAAGGUUCUUGUCCACGCCAUAACAGAGCAUGUGGAAGAUGCAGGAGUACAUUCAGGAGAUGCUACCCUGAUGUUACCAACACAGUCUAUCAGCCAAGGAGCACUAGAAAAGGUUAAGAUUGCCACCCGGAAAAUUGCGCAAGCAUUUGAAAUUUCAGGGCCCUUUAACACUCAGUUCCUGGUUAAAGGCAAUGAUGUCAUGGUGAUAGAGUGCAACCUGCGGGCGUCACGCUCCUUCCCUUUUGUGUCAAAAACAAUCGGUGUGGACUUCAUCAAUGUGGCGACCAAAGUGAUGGUGGGGGAGCCUUUGGAUGAGGCCAGCCUGCCCUCGCUGGACAGACCCAUCAUUCCUGUAGACUUUGUUGGCAUCAAGGCACCCAUGUUCUCCUGGCCCAGGCUGAGGGAUGCAGACCCCGUGCUCCGCUGUGAGAUGGCCUCCACUGGAGAAGUAGCUUGUUUUGGACCAAACAUUUAUUCAGCCUUCCUCAAGGCUAUGCUCUCCACAGGCUUCAAGCUCCCACAGAAGGGCAUACUGAUUGGGAUUCAGCAAUCAUUCCGACCCAAUUUCCUGGCUACGGCUCACCAGCUGAAAGAGGAGGGAUUCAAGCUCUAUGCCACUGAAGCCACUUCUGCCUGGUUGUGUGCCAACGAUGUCCAGGCCUCUCCGGUGGCUUGGCCCUCUCAGAAAGGAGAAGACACCAGUUUGCCCAGUAUUCAGAGACUGGUCAGUGAGGGUAACAUUGACCUGGUGGUCAACCUGCCCAACAACAACACCCGCCACUUGAAGGAUAACUUUGCCAUCCGCAGAAUGGCUGUCGACUAUGGUGUCCCCCUCAUCACCAAUUACCAGGUGGUGAAGCUGUUUGCAGAGGCCGUUCGCUAUGCGGGUGAGCUUGACACUACCAGCCUCUUUCACUACCGGCAGAAAGAGAACCAACACAGAGGUGUUAGCCAGCAGCACUAAAGUUCCCUUUACUUCCCUGUGGAUUCCUUGGUUACACAGAAGCAUUGAGUGGGAGCAAAUAUCCCUUUCUGCAGUGUCCUUAAAAAAAACUUGUUUCAGGUUUUCUAAUCCCAUUGUGUGAAGAAGUAUGUAUAGCUACCUAGACACAACAAAAUAGUUAACAAUGUUAAUGCAUCAUGACAAUGUGGUACCACUGGUUAAUAAGUCACCUUUAAUAAGGGGUUCCAUAAUUUGUACCUGUAGGGAAUUCAUUUUAAGAUAAGUACUCAGCUGUACUUACAGUCAACUUUUGGGUUGCCAGCUUGGGAAAAAGACUAUAUCCUUCAGCAGUAUAUAGUCUCAUGAGUGCUAAUAAUUUAUGGGUAUUAUAAACAUUUAUCAAUGUCUGUCAUUAAUGUAAAUGAGUUGCAAAAGAAGAAUGUGGACCAGAUUCUCUGCAAAUAUUUUCCCAGAAUGUCAGGGCCCAAACAGACCCUUUUAGGAGACUUCCUAAAAACUGAAAACAAUAAAAUAAAAAAUAAAGCAGAAAGAAAGAGACACCAGUGAUGAUGCAUUAGAGAGUGGUACCAAAGAGGGUAUUAAUAUUGUUUUUUAGUAAUGUAAUCCGUGGGAGCUGAGUUUUUCGUUGUUACAAUGCAAGUUUUUUGCUUUUUUUUUUAAAGUUUAAGUUUUUUUGCUUUUUUUUUUGUGUGUUUUAUUUUAUGUUUAAUCCAGGAUGUCUGUGAAAGUGAAGUAAUGACAUUUUUCAGCCCAUUAGCUCUCCCUGAGCUCAGUUUUUACCAAAGAUUUGGCCUUUUUUUUUUCAUUUUCUUUAAGUCUAGUCUUAAAAUGGUAAUGAAGAUUUACCAUGUAGCACAAUAGAAUUAGUAGAGUUUGAGGACUGUAGAUAGAGUGAGAGAAGAGAUGCUGCUAUACAGUUAUUCUUUGAGAAAGAGGAAGUUGUGUUUUCAAGAGUUCAAGUCUGGAGCCCGUUUCUUUAAAGUUCAAGCUGGAUAUCAACUGAUGUGUUUGUAUAUUUGAAUCUAUGUGUACAUAUUGUAUGUUUGAAACUGAGACUGUAUUUUAGCCUGCUUUGCAUUUUAAAAGCUCACAGUCGAAGUGCCGUUGAUGAUACACUGUAGGACAAUAAUACCCAAACAUUAUAUUCAGUUGUUUCUGUUCAUUGAGUUGUAUUGGAUCCUCACACAACCCAAACAUGGAGUUUCUCUCACAUGA